UUAUAUUUUACACUUUUAAAAACAUCCACAGAAGUAACAAAACAAUGGAAAAAUAUGAACAGAUAAUGGUUGUUGGUGAAGGAUCAUAUGGCUGUGUAAUGAAAUGUCGACAUCGAGAAACUGGACAAAUUGUUGCAAUAAAAAAGUUUUUAGAUACUGAAGAGGAAGUAACAGCGCGUCGUAUGGCAAUGCGCGAAAUUAGAAUGCUAAAAAAACUUCGCCAUGAAAAUUUAGUAUGUUUAAUAGAAGUAUUUCGUGUACGAAAACGUUUUCAUCUAGUAUUUGAGUUUGUUGAUCGAACCGUAUUGGAUGAGUUGGAAGAACAUGAUGGUAACGGAUUAGAUGAACAAUUAUGUCGGGAACGAAUUGUACAAGUGAUACGUGCAGUACGGUACUGCCAUUUAAAGCAUAUUAUUCAUCGUGAUGUUAAACCAGAAAAUGUAUUGGUAUCGAGACAAGGUGUAGUAAAAUUAUGUGAUUUUGGUUUUGCAAGACUUUUAGCAAAUACUGGUGAACCAUGUACAGAAUAUGUUGCCACUAGAUGGUAUCGUGCACCGGAAUUAUUGGUGGCGGAUGUUCAUUAUGGACCUGCAGUUGAUGUUUGGGCAAUUGGCUGUUUAUAUUCAGAAAUGAUGACUGGAAAACCAUUAUUUCCCGGCGACUCAGAUAUUGAUCAGCUAUAUAGGAUAUGUAAUUUAUUAGGUCAACCUUGUUAUCGACAUCAACAAUUAAUGCAACGUAAUCCAAAUUUCAAAGGUCUGCCGAAAUGUUCAACCGAUGAAACAAGUCGUGCAUUAUGUAAAAUAUUCCCUCGGUGGUCAGUAAUGGCAAUAGACUUUUUAUCCGUCUCAAUGAAAAUGGAUCCAGCGCUUCGUGCAACCACUGAAGAAUUAAUACGACAUCCAUACUUAAACCAUGAUCGAUUCUAUGAAAAAUUCCUACCGAAAUUACGACAGAAAGUCUUACAAGAAUAUCAUGACAAUCCAUUAAUACGUAAAUAUCAAUCAGAUAUAUUAGCUGCGUCUGAUGAUCGUCGUCAGGAUAUGUAUCAAGAACGUUAUGAAAAGAAAAAGGAACAACCUCGCUGGAAAAUUAACUUACAUGAUCCUUACAUUAAACGAAAAACAAGUUAUGUAUCAUUUAGUUCAUUUAAAUCUAAUGAAUCUGCAACGAAUGCUUCUAAAAGUACGUUAUUACAGCAACCAGAAUCUCAACGGGAUAAAAAAUCAUUAUUAUCGUACUUAGAGCAACGGAAACGUGGCGUAGAACAAACAAAAAUAUUUAAAAAUAUUCCAACCGAUUCCAAGGAAAAUGAAACGUCAACCACAACGAAUACUAAUGACAGGCCUAGUAGCGAUAAAAAUAUUGAAUUACACUUAACAGCACCAUCACCGCCUAUGUUCCAAUCAUUACAACCUGAAACUCGCUUACAUACACCGCCAAAAGAUGUCACUCAUCGUAGCAAUGGCAUCCAAUAUGGUGUAUAUCAAAAUGUUUUACAUCCAACAAUAAACAAUUUAAGUUUUACGACAAAGAACCACCAUAGCGACAUGAAUAUGACGACAAAACGUUUUAAUAAUCAUGCUCAAACACAAACAUCACAUCAUAAUAACAAAAAUUUAAAAGAGAGUUUAAGUAAUAACGGGAACUCAUUACGAACCCAUUUACAUCAAAAUUUUAGUUCAUCAUUUGCAAAAAGUCCUGUACCAUCAUCGAAUCAACCGACGUUAUCCCGUAAUAAUGAUUAUAUAAAAAAAUUAAGUCGUGGGCUUGUCUUAGAUGUCUCACAAUUAAAUAAUUCGACCAGUUUAGAAAAUAAUAAUACGACACCGCAUCAUAUUAAAACACCACCCUGUUGGUUAAAUACGGCUGGUUAUACAAUGUAUAAAAAGAAUCAUCAGGUUGAACAAACGACAUGGACGAAAUUGGAUCCAGGUGCUGGUGGUGAACGGUGUAAUGAGAAAACUUCGUUUCCAAAUAUAAAUGGAGGAAGUCCUUUUAAAAAGAAAAAGUUACCACAAUUUAUACCACUCUCGCAUGAUCCUGUUAAUAACACACCUAGGAAUAACUCAUCGAAUUCACAGCAUCCGCCUCAACCUAGGCAAAAUAAUAAUUUUUCUACGACUAAUAAUAAUAAUUUACCAUUUAUGUAAAACAAAAUUUAAACUCGGAAAGAUAUAUUUGUAAAUAAAAAAAAAUUUCCUAAAAAAUGAAUUUAGAUCUUUUUGUACGUUAU